AUGCAACUAUGGAUUUCUGGACUUAGUGAAGCAUGGGGUUCCUUCCGUGCAGAAGAUUUAUAUUUGCAGGUAGAAUUACAAUCUUUUGACUUUGGUGAAACUUUGGUUUGCAGGCACAGGAUAACAUUCACCCAACCCAUUAAUUGGCAGUACUCUUUCACUGAUUGCCUGGCAUUACACAGUCAUGCAAGCCAGUAUCUUUCUUCACAUACUAAAAUACUAAAGUAGGUGCACCAGCAGUCAAUUUUUGUUAUGGGAUAUCAUGCUAAACACUCACAUCAUUGCGAUGUUGUAGGGAGACUUCACAAACUAUGGUAUUGAUUGGGAAGGUCCUAUUCCAGAAAUGACUGCUGAUGUGGUUGAAGUUCCAGUAACCAAUUGUCCUUUAUCAGAAGUCCAAGCAAAUAUGUUACCAACAGUAACCAAUCUAAGUUAUCCUGAAGCAGUGCAAGUAUUUAAUGACAUUGUCAACUUGUUACCAAACAAUUAA